ACGUGUCUCAGCAUAAAAGAGGACAAUUCUUCUGAAAUGAUGCAAUACUACUGAACUGGCUCUUAGUAUACGCAAGAAAGAAUGCGUUGGUUCUGGAACGUCGUCGUUCUGCUGGCGAUGGCGACUUUGCUGCUCAUCGGAAAUUCGCUGGAGAGAGCCGUAGCCUCGAAUUCAGCGUCAGCGUUCGUGCACGACACAAUCUACUCCAACAAGAUCGCCAUCUUCUCCAAGUCCUACUGUCCGUAUUGCCUGCGUGCCAAGCGCAUAUUCAGUGAACUGCAUCAGCAACCUUUUGUUGUCGAGCUUGAUCUUCGAGAUGAUGGGGCUCAAAUUCAGAACGUUCUUCUAGAUCUAGUAGGCCGACAAACUGUUCCACAAAUAUUUGUGAAUGGGAAGCAUAUUGGUGGCUCGGAUGAUCUCAAAGCAGCAGUUUUGAACGGCGAGUUACAGAAACUUCUUACCACAAGUUGAUGAUGCUGGAAAAUUAAGAGGCUUAAGCAUCCAAUCUGCAUCUGCAAAAAGGGUGGUUUAAGUAUGUUGCUAUGACUUGAUAUUGGUUGAUUUUGUAGUGAUCUUCUAUCCACUUUAGCUCAAUGAUAGCAACAUUUCGGUGUCGAUGUUGUUUGGACUUUUGGAUUUCCUCAAAUCUGGUAGAAAGCUCAACCUUAAGUGUUUCCCUGUCAUUAACCUGUGUACAUUUUGAUUGUGGGAUUGUGUUGAUUAUUCUUGUCUUCUGCUAGGCUACAUUUGUACAUUGUUUAUGUAAUUUUGGCAUGCUGUAUAUACGAGCGGCAUAUCGUAUGACGUAUAUUUCUA